UUGCUGCUGGUCCCUGGUUGAAAGUGGUAGCCGCAGACGGGUUCCAGUUUGAGCACUACGGAGUAUUUAACGUAAAACUAACGGGAUAUUGCACCUAGAUUGUGUAUCUAAAAAAAAUCCAAGUCAAGAAAAAUGACGGAUUUUGAUGCGGCUACUGCUCUUUUGCUGCUCAGCGGCCACAUGCCUCACACGAUUGACAGUGUGAAUAAUAAUCAUCACAGCGCAGCAAAGGAAAAUGUUGUACCUUUGUCUCUCGGUGCCAACACAGCAUUCGGAGCUAUGUUACCAUUAACUAUGGCAGUCCCACCAGCUACCGAUAGAUCGGCCGCGGCCCAACAAGCCAUGCCAGUUGUCGUGGGCGAUCUAACCCUUCAGCAAAAUGUGCUGCGUCCAUCGGCGAUCGAUAAAUCGGCACUAUCGAUGUUUAGGUUGGCGUUUUCACUGAGUGCAGAACAAGAGUUGGCGAGAAGGAUUGGAGGAAAAUUGGACGCUGUCAAGCCGCAGCAGCCGGAACUCGCCUCUCCCGAGCCUCGGUGGGAUGAUAGUAGAACUUCUUCACCGAUUAUGCCUCCCAUUGGACAGCAACCUUCUCGCGUCGACGAAAGUGAUCCGGAAACGGAGCGAAUUCAUCACCCCAUGAUGCUAUACGCCAACAGUCCCGGUAUGAACGGGUUUGCAAUGCAGCUCCAGCGCCAGCAGCACCAGCGGCACAACUAUUCCAGCUCUCCGGAAUCGCAUGUUGAGGUAAUGGCAGCGGGCUCUAGGUAUGGUCCCUCUCGUCGAAAACUCGUUCACCCGCAGCGGAAGUCAGCAGGGAUCAGCAUGAUACAGGCGGAGGAGCUGUCUCCAUCCGACUCGGGUAAUUCUUCCAUUCACGACGAAAUCCUGCAGUCGGGGCUCUUGAUACAAGCGUGGACGAGAGGAAACGACAUCAGCGAAGGGCUGCCGCCGAGAGUAAAGCGUGAACUGCAGAGUAUUUUGCAGAUGUCAUUGUUCAACAAAGAGUUUUACACGAAGGAAAAGAUGUCCGAAUUUCCUAUGGAAGUGGGUUACCAUCCGAACAAAUCUCGGCUGCGCAAGGAAUACUUGAAUGAUUUGGAAGCUGCCGAUCGGGCGAAGAACAAUCUCGCGUCACGUCGGUCUCGCCACAAGAAAAAGAUGGUCAACCAACUGAUGAACAUCAGUUUAGAGUUCGAUCGCAGCGAAAACCGACACUUGUAUUUGCAAGAGCGCUGGCUGACGAGCUUGAUCUAUGAGCUAGAGGACAAAGCAAUGCAAAAGGGCGUCGAUGCGUAUAUGUUGCGGAAGCUGCGGGCCGACUGUGGCUUUCAAUGAGUUGCCGGUGGAUGAGUUGGGAAUGCUAACGAAGGGUUGCCAGUCCCGGAAGAAUCAUUGUUGAGCUUCGUUUUACUUCCAGUGUAGUGUUGUGCAUAUAUUUUAUUUUUUUACCUCCGCUAAAUACACAAUG